UGUAUUUAAGGUGGGUCCAAUACCACCAUAUCAUUAGCCGUUCAUAUAUAUAGUACUCUAAAACCCUAAUUGCCAGUGCCUCGGCUGUGUUCAUCAGCAUCUCUCAGCCUUGUUUUUAGAGGAACACCAGUGCAAGCAGAGACAAGAUGGCUGUUCCCUUGCUAAGCAAGAGAGUGGUGAAGAAGCGUGUCAAGAGGUUUAAGAGGCCCCAAAGUGACCGCAAAAUUUCCGUGAAGCCGAGCUGGCGCAGGCCAAAGGGUAUUGAUUCACGUGUGAGGAGAAAGUUCAAAGGAUGUGUUUUGAUGCCAAACAUUGGUUAUGGUUCAGACAAGAAGACCCGUCACUUUCUGCCUAAUGGAUUCAAGAAGUUUGUUGUCCACAAUGUCAAGGAUCUUGAACUUCUGAUGAUGCACAACAGGACAUACUGUGCUGAGAUUGCACACAAUGUGUCAACCAGGAAGAGAAAGGAGAUUGUAGAACGUGCUGCACAGUUGGAUGUUGUUGUUACCAACAAACUUGCCAGGUUGCGCAGCCAAGAAGAUGAGUGAUUGCUGUUGCUAAAUCAAAUAAUUUUGCUUUUAUCCUUUAAUGUAUGGACUUGGCUGAAUAUCUUUUCAAAAUUAUUCGUGUUAUGUUGUUAUCUUUCUUUUGGAUCAAGAGCUUCUUAGUGUUUGACUAGUUGAGCUAUAACUUCUUUGACUUCUUCAUAUAAGUAGUCAUUUUAUGCUA